CUCGUAAUUCUGUUCUGUGUUAUUUGUUCGGACGUGGAGAGAGGAUGCAAGUUUCUGUGUAUCCGCGACCCGCGUACAUACGCUAAGCACUGCAGUAAACACUCCAUCUUGAAAAAUAAAAACACAUUCGAUUCCCGUAAUAAAAUUUGAAAUUUGCUGUUCGAAUUGUGAUUUUUUCAACGCUUUAGAUGAUGGUUCUUUGCAAUUCAAGGUUUUAAAUUUUAAUGUGUGAUAAAUGCCAUGUACGGGAUCAAAGAUUCGAAGUCAUACAUUUGCAAACUUAGGCGACCACCCGAGACUACUAAAAUCGGUCGGCAUAGUUCGAAUCAAUUAAUCACCGCUCCUGCAUCUAGAAAAGUCUCUCGCUUUCAUGCUGAAAUUGUUCUCAAUGACGUGCCGGAGAUUAAAGAUAUUAGUGAAUGGGGAGUUUACGUUAAUGAUUCUCGAAUAUGUAAGCAUCGUUGGAUGAAACUCCGAGCCGGAGAUCGUAUUGCGUUAGGAGCUUCAACAAUAGAAGAUGGUGGAUACAUGCUGGAAUGUGUUGCUUGGACGCCGGAAGAUGAGAACCUCUCUUCUAUCAAUCAUCGAGUCGAAGUUAUAGACAUCACGGAGGAAGAUGAAGACGAAGUGAUUGAAUUGAGCGACGACGAAGGCAAUGUUCAGAUCGAAAGUUGCGCAUCUCAGCUGGAGUCCACCGCCUCGAAGCAAGUUCUCAAUGAAACCGCGACUCCUGAAUACAAGCAAGUUGCUAAUGAAACCGCGACUCCAGCUGAAGAAACCCCGCCGACUCUCAAUGUGGAAGAAAAAAAUUAUGUGUCAGUAUCGCCGAGCAGAACGGAAGAAGCGAUUUAUCAUCAUGUUACCGCAGUUGUUCCAUCUUCAAUCGAUCAGUCUACAGUUCCAUUGAAUCGAACUGAAUGUAACCUGGUUACCAAAAUCGAAGUGCCUAUAAAAGAUGCAGUGAAAAUUUCAUCGAAUAAAUCUGAACCCAAUCUCCAUUCGGAAAUUGAAGUAGGAGUACCUUUAGAAGAUGCAGCGACAAUUCCAACGAAUGGAACUGAACCGGAUCCAUUUACCAAAAUUAAAAUACCUAUAAAACAUCCAGAAAUAAUAUUGAAGAAAAUUGAGCCAAAAUUCGUAGACGUUACCUCGUCAAUGAAUGGUUUGCUAAGGCAAACUCCUACGAUGCCAUUUAAAGAACAAGAAUUCGAAUAUUCUAAUGCGCUACAAAGUAUUAUGGAUUAUUCUUCUGACGAAGAAAGCGACUCGUCGUUCAACGAUUCAUCCGCAUUGACCGUCAAUGAUGAAAUUAAAUCUAGCGAAGAACGUGUUCCUCCAGACAUAAAAUCGAAACCUCGAAGCUGCCGAGGUGUUGAAAACAUGAACAACGAAGGUUCGAAAUCCGUCAAAGAAAACGUGCAUAAAGGAUGGUCAAAACCCUACAAACAAUAUUCCAGCGAUGGUUAUAAAACUCCACCUGGCGAAAAUGACUCUAACGAUUCGUCGCCAUCAAAUUCGGACGAAACGAAGAAAGCCCACCUCGUGCAUAAAACCCUCCUGACUAGAAAAAUUGCCAAAAUCGCGAUCAUCCAGCCUCUUCCUAACAAAAGCGUCGGCGGUGGUAGACGCAGAAAACGAAUUAGAUCAGAAUCACCUGACACGAUUGAUCAGUCUUUUAUGGACUCGGAACAUUCUCAAAAAUCGCCGGAGAAAUCGCCUUUUGAUGAUUCAGAUUUACAGAAAAGUCCAACGUCUGUACUAUCAGAUCUACCUCCGAAUGUGAAAAAUGUCUGUCGCGAGCAGAGUUUAAUCGCGCUUGCGAUCAAGCAGGAUAGGAAAAAAGUCAGCAGUAAGCAGAACCGAGAUAAAGUCAACAGUAAGCCGACUUGCAAGCAGGCCAGGGAGAACGUUACCAAAAAACUGGCCAGUGCUAGAGAAAGAAUGAAAGCUUUGUAUCCUACUCCACCUGUCCAGGUUAAAAGAACUGCUGAAACACGCCCAAAACCAAAAGUUAAAGUUACUGCAAAAAAUAGAGGAGAUUUCUUAACUAAAGAAGAAGUUGCUCCUGCUCAUCGAAGUCCUGCGAAAUCUCCGGACGUGCCUGCCAGUCCUAAAGCUAUAGAAACUGUCCAGGUUAAAAAGACUCCUGCAACACGUCCACAACCUACUGUUCGUCGAAGUCCUGCGCAAUCUCCGGACGUGCCUGUUAGUCCUAAAGCUCCUGCAACACGUCCACAGCCUACUGUUCAUCGAAGUCCUGCGAAAUCUCCGGAGGUACCUAUUAGUCCCAAAGCCAUUGAAACUGUGCAGGUUAAAAGAACUGCUGAAACACGUACACAACCUAAAGUUAAAGUUACCGCGAAAAAUAGAGGAGAUUUUUUAACUAGAGAAGAAAUCGCUUCCGUUCUUCGAAGUCCUGCGAAAACUACGAACGUUCCUAUCGAUAAUAAGGUUGUUUCGGAUGAGCCGACUACAGAAGAAAUGGAAGAAAAUGGAACUAGUCCGAACUCCAGUGAUGAACACCAUAGAAGUGUGGAUGAGAUCCUUGACGGUAUUGAAUUUCCUACUGCUACGAUGGAUGAUGGUUUCAGGGAAAUUGCACCUGUACCUCCUCCCAUUAAGACUACUAGAACCAUAGAAGUUAGCGUCAAUUUUACCAAAGUUCCACCUCUCAAACGGCCAGUUGUAGGCUCCAGCUCUAAGCUAAUUGGCGAAUCAAUUUUGAAGAAAUCUUUAAGCGAAUCCCAUUCAUCAGGAGAAGAGAGCUCGCAUCAUCUCGAGAAAAAACGAGUAACUUUUCCUAAAGGGAUAAAUAUUGUCAGUGGCUACGCGGAAAAUACGCCUAGGUAUUCUUUUUCGACGAUGGUUAAUAGAGAUUGGCCAGCGCCGCCAGAGGCGGAUUGUCAUAAUUGCGGAGAAAACGGUCACUCCACGAAACGUUGUACAAAAGACCCGAUUUGUUAUAAUUGUUUACGUACUGGUCAUAUUUCUACAGUUUGUACACGACCCAAGCAGAUAAGAGACCCGAGAUUACUUAAACAAAUGCAAGGAAACGGAAGCAGAUAAAAAGACUGAAUAUUGUGUUUGCUAGAUGUGACGAUGAAAGCUGGAAUUUUUUUAAGAUACUCGUUGUUAUGUAUUUUUUAAGACUUGUGCGUGCGUCGCACAUCCCGCUGCAAAAUUUAUAUCUGUUGAUAUAUUGUUCUUGUUUUUAUAUAAUUUUACUACUGUAUUGAUGGUUAUUUAGAAAUUUUUUACAAAAUUCUUCAAAUUCUGUAAAAUUGACUGUUAUGAAUUACGUUGAAUUGUAAUUGAUGUUGUAUUGAAUCGAAUUCACGAUUUUAUUAAUUAUGUGCGUAUUCACAGUUUACCUAUAGCACGUGCCGGAUUUGUAUGAGAACCAAGUUGAUUUUUUGAUGGAAGUGUUUUGAAAAUCUCGAAUAAAAGGAAUUAUUUUUUGAGUUUGAAAUAA